GGGGCUCAUCCCCCCUUGUCCCCUGUACACCAGCACUGCUGCUGGAGCAGUCGCAUCCUGGCACCGUCGCAGCGGAUCUGCGUUCCGCAGCACACGUUUUCCUCUUUCAGGUCGAUCGGAACCUCCACGCAUCGGAUGGUGCCGCGCCUCUUCUGAUGCCUCCACUGACCCAGAGGAUACAAUCUCGGAGGACAAACUGCGGAGGGCCUGAUUGGCCGCCCUCCUCCGAUCCCGAGCUAUUAUUCCCUCCUCCCUCCACACCAUAAUGAUGCCAUAUUGCUGCUGCUCAGCCCAGCAGCAAGGCUUGCUUUUCCGGCAAUAACAACGUCAAGCCACGAACCGAACCCGGGACACCACCAGCUAGAGCGAGUGUGUUCCCAAAACCAUGGCGUCAAUCAGGCUAUCGUUAUCGGCCUUCCUGUGCGCCCUGCCCUCGGCCCUCGGGGCGAACCUUCUGGUCUCGCACUACAGCGGCAACCUGUACUCGCUGUCGCUGACGACCAGCGGGGAGACGGGGACGCUGGCCAUCAAGCAGACGCUCAAGGCCGGGGGUUUGUGGCCCAGCUGGUUGACCCUCGACUCGGAGUCGGGCUCCCUUUACGUCACUGACGAGAGCUCAUGGGGAAGUCCGAUUCUGAGUCAGCUGUCGGUGGCGGAUGAUGGCACAAUCUCCCCAGUGGCCACGGCGAGGGUGAGCGGAGGUGAUCUUCACAGCACCCUGUACGGGGGUAGUGAUGGCAAAGGCUUCAUCGCCGGGGCUGAAUAUGACCCGUCCUCGAUCAGCACCUGGAAGCUCCCUCUAUCCGCCAGCAGCCAGCCAACACAGAAGCUCACCUUCACCAUGAGCGGCCCGGGCCCCGUGCCCUCCCGGCAGAACAAGCCGCACCCGCACUCGGUGUUCCCGGACCCGACGGGCAAGUUCCUCCUGAGCGCCGACCUCGGCGCCGACCUGAUCCGCGUCUUCAGCAUCGACGCCGCCACUGGCGAGCUGACAAGCUGCGCCAACGUCGCGACGGGGCCCGGCGACGGCCCGCGGCACGGCGCCUGGUGGGUGCCGGGUGCCGGGUCGACCGGCGGCACGACGAUGCUGUACGUCGCCAACGAGCUGGCCAACUCGGUCACCGUGUGGACGGUCGGCUACCCCGCCGGCGGCAACUGCUUGGAGCUGAAGAAGACGCAGUCGCUGUCGACGUACCCGGCCGGGCAGGCGGCGCCGCGCGACUCCAAGGCGGCCGAGGUGCGCGUCGCGGGGAACUCGCUGUACGCGGCCAACCGCAACGACCGGUCCUUCGGGCCGACGACAGACUCGGUCGCGACGUACGCCAUCGACCCGGCCACGGGUGCCGUUGCGUUUGUGGAGGCGACGAGCGCGUACACAUUCUUCCCGCGGACGUUUGAGAUCAACAGGGCGGGGGAUAUGGUCGCCUUUGGGGGACAGACGUCGUCUACCGUUGCUGUUGUGGCGAGGAACACUACCACUGGCCGGUUGGGGCCGCUGAUUGCUCAACUCCAGGUUGGGACUCCUGGGACGGUGAAUAACGAGGAUGGGCUGAGCCAUGUAAUUUGGCAUGAGUAGAUGGCUAUUGUUGGGGGUAUUGUAUGUAUGUGCAAUACAAUACAAUACAUACAUGCGAGACGGGGAUAAACGGGGAUGAGGUGAAGCGUCUAUCCAGGUAGUCUGUACAUAACCGCCGCGGUAUAUAAGAAUGGUGCGAGGCGGUAUAUUGACCGGAACCGGCAAAUUUUGACUGUAUAAGCCCUCUCAUAACAAAAAGCUGG